AUAUACAGGAGGAUGAUGGAUCCUUGUGAGGACGUGGUUGUUUCCACCUCAGAAGCACCUAAAAGGACCUCCGAAGCUAAACAAUGCCCACUGACUUGGGGCAGGCCCUAGGCCUGUUGCCUUCACUGGCUAAGAAUGAGGACUGUGCCUUCUCUGGACCAGAUGCUGCCCCUGCAGGGGAGCUUUCCAGCCCUGAGACCGCACGCCAACUUUUCAGGCAGUUUCGUUAUCAGGCGAUAUCUGGGCCCCAUGAGACCCUGAGACAACUUCGAAAACUCUGUUUCCAAUGGCUGCGGCCAGAGGUUCACACCAAGGAGCAGAUACUAGAGAUCCUCAUGUUGGAACAGUUUCUGACCAUCCUUCCUGGGGAGAUCCAGAUGUGGGUGCGGAAACAGUGUCCAGGAAGUGGAGAAGAGGCAGUGACCCUUGUGGAGAGCUUAAAAGGAGAUCCUCAGAGACUGUGGCAAUGGAUCAGUAUACAAGUUCUAGGACAGGAGAUCUUAUCAGAGAAGAAGGAAUUCCCAAACAGCCUAUUGGGUGAAGUGGAGCCCCAUCUGGAAGUGGCACCCCUUGACAUGGGACUUCCGAAUUCUCCCUCAGGAUCUGGGGAGCUGCUAUGCCACAUCGUUAAAGAGGAAUCCGACACAGAACCAGAAUUAGCUCUGGCUGCUUCCCAGGUUCCUGACCAGCAUGAGAAGAGGGACAUCAGGGAGCAGGACUUGGGAGCCGCCCUUCUCUCAGCAGCACCUCAGGAGCAGUGGAGACACCUGGAUUCCACUCAAAAGGAGCAAUACUGGGAUCUCAUGCUGGAGACCUAUGGGAAAAUGGUCUCAGGGGGCAUUUCCAACUCUAAACCCAACCUGACUAAUUCAGCAGAAUACGGGGAAGAGCUGGUAGGGCUACACCUUCACGUCAGUGAGAAGAUCCCAAGACUCAGUUGUGUAGGAGAUAGACAAGAGAAUGACAAAGAAAACCUAAACUUGGAAAAUCACAGGGACCAGGAAUCCUUGGAUGCUUCCUGUCAGGUCUCAGGUGAGGUAUCUCCUCAGGCAUCCUUGAGGGGCUUCUUCACUGACAGUGAGCCAGGACGCUUUAGAGAAGGAGCGAAUCUCCCUGAGUCUCUGGAAAACGUUCAUGGUGAUGGGGCAGCAGGACAACUGUCUCCUCACGAAAGGAAUUCUGGGAAACAGCUAGGUCAGUGCAUGCCUAAUGCUGCUCCUGAAGAACUGUCUGCCAUGUGGCUUGAGGAGAAGAGAGAGGCCUCUCCGAAGGGACAGCCAAGAGCCCCUAUGGCCCAGAAAUUCCCCACCUGCAGGGAGUGUGGGAAAACCUUCUAUAGGAUUUCACAGCUUGUCUUUCACCAAAGAACUCACACUGGAGAGACAUACUUUCAGUGCCCCAUCUGCAAAAAAGCCUUUUUGCGGAGUUCAGACUUUGUGAAACAUCAGAGAACUCACACAGGAGAGAAGCCUUGUAAAUGUGAUUAUUGUGGCAAAGGCUUUAGUGACUUCUCAGGAUUGCGCCACCAUGAGAAAAUCCACACAGGAGAAAAACCCUACAAAUGUCCCAUCUGUGAGAAAAGCUUUAUUCAGAGGUCAAACUUUAAUAGACAUCAGAGGGUUCACACAGGAGAGAAACCUUAUAAAUGUUCCCACUGUGGCAAAAGUUUCAGCUGGAGCUCGAGCCUUGACAAACAUCAGAGAUCUCACUUAGGAAAGAAGCCCUUUCAAUAGCCAACUCUUGCAGAACUUUUCUAUCUCCCUGUCCAUUUAAAAAUGCUCAGCUCUACAAGGAUGAUUCAUCCCUAAGAGGAAAUUCUGUUUACUCCGGUUUUCAAGACUUGGAGGGGAGAGUACCUGGAAAUGGUUUUAAACUUGGAAGAUAUAUCAGCCUCUGGAUUGAUUUGAUGAUGGCUUAUUUCUUGCUUCUGUAUCAGAAGAAAGAGUAGUCUUUAUGUGUCAGCCUAUCUCUUCAUUUGGACUUCCUGGGGGAAAAGUCACUGAGAUCAGUUUUGGAAGUGCCCUCUGGGGAGUUUAACUGGAGUGCCUGCAGUCAGUGCUUGAGGGAGUAGCCUCAGGUCAGCCCUUUAGAAUUGGGCCCUAGGUAGUUGUCCUGUUACAGAAGGGGAGGCAGAGAGGCCCUGUGAGCCCAUGUAUGUUCCUUGUCAUACGGGUGAAACAUUAACU